AUGGUUCUGGAAUUGCAUGUAUGGGGCCCAGCAUUUGGUUUGCCUUCGAUUGAUCCGCAAUGCGCGGCCGCCAUUUCCUACUGUCGCCAAUCCCUCCCGCGUGACGGUUGGACCUUGAUCCCAUCCAACGACACUCACGUCAGCCCACUCGUACAACUUCCUGCACUAUGCCACGAUCAAACAUGGGUGGCCGGUUUCAGCAAUAUUGUGGCUUACCUCGAUGAGAUCUCCAGCGGCGAAUGGAACCUCGAUCGGAAUCUAAACGACCUUCAACGUGCAGACCUUGUUGCCUAUUCAUCCUUCAUCGAGUCACGAGCCCAACCCCUCCUCGACCUCAGUCUCUAUGUGAGCAGUGACAACUAUCUAACUGUCACCCGUCAGGCUCUUGGAGACAUCCUUGCCUGGCCAGACAAUUGGACGCUGCCUCAUCAACUUCGUGACCAGGCGAAAAAAAGAUCAGAACACCUCGGCUUGAGUAGUUUGGAUGUCGACACAGCUCAAGAUGACCAGACCAGAGACUCUGGGCUGACAGCACAUAUCCCUAAAUCUCUCCGAAAACCUAACCAGACAGUCAGUUCUUUGCUGGGUCGCAACGUUCAAAAGACAAAAUUCCGACUCGAUGCUGUGACGGCCGACCUUUUCGAACCGCUCGCCGAUCUCCUGGACCAGAAGAAAUGGCUUCUCGGAGACAGUAUCAGCAGCUUGGACUGUCUGGCAAUUGGAUACCUGUCUCUAUUACAGCAACCUCAACUUCCUCAGGGUUGGGCUAGGAAUGCGCUGAUGACCCGCUAUACAAACCUGGGUCAAUGGACACAACUGCAGUGUUCUCAAAUCCUAGGGCCAGCCGUCGACAUUGCAUUAGUACUGGGGCAAAAGGAUGACCCUUCUUCCGCAAAGUCGUGGCUGCCUUGGGAACCACCUCGCCAGAGAACGGUGCAGCAGACUCUGCACGCAGUUGCGGAUCAGUGCAUCAGCGCCAUCCCAGGACUAGGGACUCGUUACCGAAUAUCCGAAAUCCCUCACUUACAGAAUGGCCAAGGUUACAUAAGAGAAAAGCAGGUCUAUCUCGCCAAGGGCCAACAACAUCGGGAAUUGUACAUUAAUGUUUUGUCAUCGAGCAUUGCGACGGCAAGUGUUUUGGGAUGGCUUCUGUGGAAAGGGCUUUUGAUCAUUCCUCGUCAUAUGCCUCGACAGCCACGUGGUCCCAAAUUUGGAGAGGCCGGCUCCAUCCUCGGCUUGGGAUAG